AGAUAAGUGGAAAUAUUGUGACUACGUCGUCGGUCUCCGAGGGUUUUUCUCUUUUGAUUUGUUUUUGUUUAUAUCAUUUUUACUUUAUUGUACAGAAUUUUAACCAGUAUCAAAUAACAAUUAAAUAAUUUGUGGAAGAAUAAAGUUUAGUAGUACCGUUGCUGAGUGUAUAAAAAUCAAACGUUAGGACUUUUAGUCAUAAAUGAAUGAAUUAAACUAGGUUAGGACUUUAAGUAUGCUUUACGGGUAAUGGGAAAUACCAAUAGACAUUUUUAAUUAGUGAUGUAGAAUAUCCUCUAACAGAAAGUCUUGAAAUUACAUGAAACAAUAUUUACCUGUUUGUUUAUGAUUACAUUUAUUUGUAGAAUAUAUGAAUUAUCAUAUUAUAUUCCACAUGCAAUGUGAUUGCUUCAGAUUGUAAAGCUCGAAUUAUAACAUGAGCUAAUUGUUACUUUUCAUUAGAUCCUACGGAUUUAUUGUUAGUAAACAUACCAUUCCCAAAAAUUUUUGGAUUUCUUUUUCUUACUAAAUUGUUGUACAGUACUUCAUAAACUGAUACUUAUUAGACAUGACGUAUGCAUCUAGUUCUUCGGUAGUCAUUAUUUGAUUGAUCAAUGCGCUGACGUCGAUGCUCCGCUCUUAUCUUGAUUAUAUUUACCGAUAAAAUGGAAAUGCUCCCAUAGAAUGUAUAAUAAAAAAAAAUGCUAUGAUUUACAAUAGAAAAUGACAAAUUACAUUAAUGGCACUUAUCCUUGCAAUGUAUAAUACGUUUUGUAUUUUAUGCAUUAAAAGUAUAUAAGUUGAAAAUAUUGAAAUAGUUUAUUUUGUUAGCGUGGAAUGGCAUUCCUGGAAACCGGGCAAAGUUGGCUAGGUAUUCAAUGGCUUUAUCACAUUUCCUUUGCCGCUUCCGCAGUUCGACUGCUGGAUUUGAUAACAGUACAGUUCAGCGUCCAUUUGUUACAUUUUUGCGAUACGUAUAUCGGUCACUCAGAAAUUAAUAAACAUUAUUUUGUAUUAUAAUUAUUUGUUACGAUUGCUCUAAUAUUAUUUAUUUGAGACAGACCACGUUUUGGGCAUUUUCGCUUUUUGAUUUUUUUUACAAAUCAUUAUAGUUCAUAUUUUAACAGCCCAUCGUCACACACUUCUAUUAUUAUAUGAAGUAUAAUUAGGUAUAGAAAUUACAUUUCUGCUUUAAUCUUAUGUUUUUGCGUUAAUGAUAGUGCUUUGAUGGCAAUAGGCGCGCGUGUUCGACCUUGUCACAGACGUGCAGAAAGAUAAAGAAUCUACGUAGUGUAGGUAUAUGAGUGUAAUUGUCACCGUGCCAAACAUCGGUGGCGCCCGCGACUAUCUUCAGUUGAGUGCGUUCCUUAGAGGGAAGUGUAUGGCACGCGAUGUGUUUGCAUGUUCGCCUGCUGUGCGGUGCGCUGUGGUGGCCCCUGCUGGUACGUUGCGCUCGUGCUACCCGAACCUACGACGACGACUACGAUCAGCAACUCAAAGAUGAGUUGGGAGAGGUGGUGGCCGAGCUGGAGGCCCUGGACGGGCAGGAGGAGUGCAAACAGAAUAGCAAAGCCAAACAGAUGAGUAUAGGCAGGAAGAAGUUCAAUAUGGAUCCCAAGAAAGGUAUCGAAUACCUGUACGAAAACGGUUUGCUUCAGAGGACGCCGGAGGAUGUGGCACAGUUCCUUCACAAAGGCGAAGGGCUCAGCAAGACUGCGAUAGGUGACUACCUCGGGGAACGAUCGGAAUUCAAUGAGGCGGUGCUACGGGCUUUUGUCGAUCUCCACGACUUCACAGAUUUAAUACUAGUACAGGCAUUGAGACAAUUCCUAUGGAGUUUUCGUCUGCCAGGCGAGGCGCAGAAGAUCGAUCGUAUGAUGGAAUGUUUUGCACAGAGAUACUGCCAGUUGAACCCGGACAUAUUCACGAACGCCGACACGUGUUACGUGCUCAGUUUCGCGAUAAUAAUGUUGAAUACGUCUCUACACAACCCCAGUGUUAAGGACAAGCCGGCGCCCGAACAGUUCGUGGCGAUGAACAGAGGCAUCAAUAACGGUGGCGAUCUCCCGCAGGAAUUGCUCUUGUCAUUGUACGAGUCUAUAAAGACGGAGCCAUUCAAGAUUCCUGAAGACGACGGCAACGAUCUCAUGCAUACGUUCUUCAAUCCUGAUAAGGAGGGUUGGUUGUGGAAGCAAGGCGGUCGAUAUAAAUCGUGGAAGCGACGGUGGUUUAUACUGAACGACAACUGCCUGUAUUACUUCGAGUACACGACCGACAAGGAGCCGAGAGGCAUCAUUCCACUGGAAAACAUAUCUGUGCGCGCGGCGAGCGACCGCCAGCGCCCGCACUGCCUCGAGCUGUACGCCAGCGGCGGCGCCGACCUCAUCAAGGCCUGCAAGACCGACUCCGAGGGCAAGGUCGUCGAGGGCAAACACACCGUCUACAGGAUGUCGGCGGCGACGGCGGAGGAGCGCGACGAGUGGAUCGAGUGUCUGCGGCGCUCCAUCAGCCACAACCCCUUCUACGACAUGCUCGCGCAGAGGAAGAAGAAGGCGCAGCACAGCCUCCACUCCUCGCACUAGCGCCGCCCCACCACACCCUGCGGCGGACUGUGGAAUCACUCGGGACGAAACUUAUAAAGUUUCCGCUGUCGGUGGACAACGGAUCGGUCCAGUUUGUAGCAAGUUGCGCCGGCGGUCUUCGCUGACACUACAUGACCACUACUACAUAGGCUUUUAAUAUAACUUUCUUACUAACGUGUCAACUCACGAGCGAGUAGUAUGAAGGCUGUGGCCUGAGGAUCUGUUUCGAUUGCGUCCAAGUCAAAAAUAGGUCCAAAUUUAGAACCUCAGUUAUCCACCAGAGGCGCUGAAUCCUCUCAUAGAUAUCUUUCCCUCGCAUACUUGACACGUUUAGGUUUUAAAUCUUGUGAUAGUCAACGAAUAUGGCUGCUAUACACAUCGACACAAUAAAAAAAAACAUGUAUUUUGUUGAUUGAUUUAUUUAGGCUGUGCAGUACUUAAAUAAAAACUAUGUGAGCCAUCUUGCUGUGGUUAAUGUUUAAAACGAUUAUGUCGUAAUACAAUUUAUUAACAUCACGGCAAAGUGACUGCAUUACACUUAAUGGUAAGUGCUGUGUAGUCUAAAUAUAAUGUUAAUUAACACGAAACGUUCGUCCAAAAAUACUCGUCUGACUUAUUGGAUAAUACAUUGGCUGAGUCGAGCUGAGAGUGUGUACUAUCUUGUUGGGUACGCAACUUAUUGGGCCUCUUUAUAAUAGUGCAGUUGCAAUGAAUUAAUUCGAGAUGACAUUUAUUUUACAUGUUGGUGGACAAUUCCUAAAAUUCGAAGUUAUAGUUUUUUAGAUUGUGUCAGUUAAAGAUAGCGACGUAAUUGUAUGUAAACAAUUCGGUUAAUUGGAAAUGGGUCAAUUGAUGCGUUCGUCGGUGAUAGUGGUCGAGAGCGGCCUACGUACAAACGUACGUAAUUAUGUUUUGUUUAUAUUUUUACAAGGAAAAUGUUCCUAACAUUACGGGCCGAUAACAACGCCUAAACUAGGCCGAAUUCUCAAUUAUAAAACACGCAGUCGUUAGUUUACUUUAUUUAUUUGAAUUUUAUUGAUUUGUGUAUAAGUAAAUGAAUUAAACAGAUCAUAGUCAACUGAAUUUAGAUACACGUCCAUCUGUAGGUAAAUAGUAAAGAAAAACGAGAUUAGAGAAUAAACGAACUCCAAUGAAUAUGUGAUAUUUACAGCUAUGAAUAAAUGACGGCUAACGAAGUGUACAUCGUGGUACAAGCGACGAAAAUUGUUACAUUCGAUGCUUUUAACAUUCGCAUGCUUGAAAAUUUGUAAGUGUUGCUGUUUUUACUGACGACGUAACAAAAUAAUCGAUAUAGAGAUUAAUGAUCUUGAAAUACGAUUUUGAAAAGCAAAAUCGAUUGCAAAAGUAAUAAACUUUGAUUUUUGAGCAUGAGGAUGAUAGGAAGAUCGUAAUGGAAGCCGUAUUAUGAAUUACAUAAAUUUGCAGCAUUUUGUGGUUGUUUGUAACUGUCCAUGUAUAUAACGAUGGUAAGACUGAAAAAUAAAACAAAAAUAAUGUACUUUUAAAGCAUUAUUUUACUGUUAAUUUGGAUUAUGUACCGUUGAAAUGUCAACUCAAACAGAUCAGAGUAGCAAAAUAAAAAAAUACGGUAUAACAUCACUGCGACAAUAUGAUUUGCAAGUACUGCCAAUUUAUUUGAAUAUUUUGCCAUGCCUGCAAUAAAAAUAUAAUAUAUUUGGAAUUUUUUGAUUGGAUUCUUACCGUUGUCUAGACAAUAACGCGUUUAUACAAAGUUGAUCGAUGUUUUGUUCAACUGGUGAAUGUAAACGAGAUCGUAUUUAAUGAGAAGUAUUAAUUUAAACGUAUUUUUAAUGUAACAUACAAUGGGAUAGUGUAAAGUAAAUUUGUGUAUAAAUAUAAUGUAGCAUUAGUUGACUACUUUAUUUAGUGGGAGAGUUUACUUUCGUAUGUGAUUGUAAAUAACAGUCGUAAGGUUUGCGCUCAGUUUCUACUGGACAAACAGUAUAGCUCGGUGAUAGAUUAAUACUGGACAUUUACAGUUGCAUUUGUUAAAGCUGAAACGUUUCGUUUUUGUCUUCUAGAAACUGAGCGGUCGGGAUGGUCUUAUGCAAUAGCGAGGCGCGUAAACAUUCGCUAAUAAUGUUUACAUAGUUGUAUUUCUGUCAUACUGUAUAGAUCAUGAAAGCGCUUUUGAUAGAGUCUGGAGAGAUAAAUAUUAAUACAAAUAUAGCUCCAUCUAUAAGCGUAUAACUCUGAAUAAUGUUUUGUUUACACUUGAGGAUUGUUGAUACAACGUAAUAUAUACUUUAAGAUGGUUCCGUCAAUGUAAAGUUUGGUGGCGUUUGUCAUGUAUUUAAGUAAUUUGAAAAUUACACAACACAAGGCUGUCAACUGUAUUCAAUUACCCGAACUUAAAAUUUCCAAAUAAACAGCUAAAAGUGGGAAACCACGAUGAUGUCAUGGCAACACCCGUAUCGCGUUGUAUCAAUUGUAAUUUUAUAAUAUUAAUUGUUCAAAGAAAAAACUAAAUGCAAACAAAUAUCUACCCUCUUUUCAAUUUUCUGUUGUAUUCAGUGUAUUUGACAGAUCAUAACAAAGACAGUAUUUGUAAAGAAGGUAUUUGCUUAUGUUUCGUUUAUUCCUUGUCUCAAUGUGGUAUAGUCUAAACUAUAGGCACCUAGUUUUGAAUUUCAUUAUUAUUUCACAAAGAUUUUUUAACGUAAUCAUUUCUACUUAUAACUCUGGCAGUCUAAUGCAGUUAUUUAGUUUAGUUUAAUGGAAAAUGUUUUACAUUCCCUUAUUCCUCUUGUUAUACACAUCCUUGAAUUAGCGCAGUUUUAUUUCUUAUCCUCAUCAGUAGAGGUUUAAAUCAGUGUUUAAACUUAUUACUGCUUCUCUAUUUUUUCAUUGUAUCAAAUAAUUUAAAUGGCAGAGACAAAACAAUGAUUAGGUUCAUCUGUGAUUAAAAAAAAAAAUUGACUUAUCUUAACUCUAUAUUCACAUAUUAUGUCUGCUAUUCUAUAAUCUUAUUCUUCGUAACUUGUAAAUAAUUUCUCCCUUGCUCGUUUUAGGAUUCACUGUCCUCUAUUUGUAUUAAUAUUUGAUAGAGGUGCAUUGGUAGAGGGGAAUCAGAGAGUUCUUACGAGGCAUUCUUAUCCCGUAUUGGACUACUUAGGGUCUUAAGCUCCUCAGCUGCUGAUGGAGCCUGUAGGAUGAAUAGGAACCAGGUUCAACCAGCGGUUAAUGGGGUUAAACCAUAGCCCGACGAUAUGAUUAGCAAUCUGAGAGUGAAUGAAAUGAUUGGUACUGAAUGUAACGAUGGCAUUGGUGGUUUUUAUACAAACGUGGUCUGUGUUUACAGAACGGUGCCUAAUACUGAUCUGUCUAGUUGUAGCGUUAGAUGUAGCGAGCUUAGUGUAAUGUCCUGUAAAUUUGCCUAAAAAGUUAAUUUAUCUAUGUAAUGUCUUGUAUCUCCGUUCACGGUCAUAUGAAUAUGUUCAUAAUAAUGUUGUAAAUAAUUUUGCAAGAAAAUAAUUAUACAUAAAUAUCUUUAUUUA